CCCGCCUUUAUCGCUUCCAUUCACGCUCUCAAAAACCUUCCAGAAAACCCUAAUCCGAUCUCGUUUCAUCGAUCUCCCUCCCCCCUGCGAGCUUUUUCGCAGUUCGAUCCGUCGAUCAUGGUGAGCUCGGGUGCGAAGCAGCUCUCGCCGUCCUCGUGCUCCCCUUCCCGGCGCAGCAAGAGGCGGCUCCACCGCUUCCUGAAGCCCGGCGACCUCGCACGCCUCAGGGACUCGAUCUUCCGGACCGUCAGAUCCGAUGCGCCACUCCUCCUCUCACCGCCCUCCUCCCCCUCCCCGGCCGCUCAGAUCGACGGCCGCCCUUGCUUCGUUGCCCGGGGGCAUGGCCCACGGUACCCGCAGCGGAGGAAGCUCGUUGCCGCCAAGUACGUCUUCUUCGCUCCGCCGAGCCCCGAUCCGGAGCAUUUCUUCGAUCCCUUCGGCGUGGAUCUGGUUCCUGCUCAUUGAGCCUUGUCUGCUCUCUCCCAAUUGUUUCGUUCUUUCGUCUGUUCAGUUAUAUAAAGCGUCAAUAGCAUGCUCUUUCCCUUCCCUCUAACCUAGCUUCUCAAUGAUUGAGCUCCAACUGCUCCCUCACAUAUUUUUUUCUUUUCAUUUUUGUGUUUGUUUAGUUGUACUCAAGGUCAAUAACGUCAAGAUUUGACAGUUGCUGCUUAAAGAAUGAAUUUCUCCUUUCCCCCUCUUUUUUUCAUUUACUACUUUUUCAGCAUGUAGAAACUUGGGGAGUAUUGAAUGUUUGAUUCUGUGAAGAAUUGAUGUUGAAAAUGUAACGUUUUACUGUG